UCAGAGGGGCAGCCAGAGCUAGUCUCUGCCCACUCAUUGUGUCCUGGGAGAGGGGCUGGGCUUUUAGGCCUGCACAUAACGGGGAUUAUUAUAGGGAGCUGAUUUCUAUGGAAGCACUCUCUCGCUGCUGGAUGAGGAGCAUGGCAGACAUUGAGGGAUAUUAUGCGGUCAUGGGAUGCCAUUAAUUUGUACAUGGGGGCCUGUGAGCUGAAUGUGAAAGUGGGUAACAGGGUUAGUGCCAGGGGGGCAUGUGUUGGUAUUUUGCAAAUCGGUGACAGGCGGGGUGAGCUGGGAUGUCUGAGGGUGAAGGGCUUCAGAACGGAGGUCCUGAUGAGGAUGAAGGGGUCCCAUUUUUUGUGAACAGAGGAGGUCUUCCUGUGGACGAACCCACGUGGGAGCGAAUGUGGACAUACGUGGCCCGGAUUCACCCUGAUGGAGAAAACCUGGCACAGUCGAUUCGUGGAGCUCCAGAGCUUCCCCGGGUGCCCAUACCCUGCGUUCCAGUGCUUCCUGCAGGUGCCUCCGUUCCAGAGCGCGUGGAGGCUAUCCAGAGAUACAUUCGAGAGUUACAAUACAAUCACACAGGCACUCAGUUCUUUGAAAUUAAAAAGACCCGACCCCUGACAGGACUAAUGGACCUGGCCAAAGAGAUGACCAAAGAGGCCCUGCCAAUCAAAUGCUUGGAGGCAGUCAUUCUGGCUAUAUACCUAACAAACAACAUCUCUGGUCUAGAGCGCUUUCCGAUUAGCUUCAAGACCCAGUUUUCAGGAGGAUGUUUCAGGCACAUUGUACUGGGUCUCCACUGGAGUGGCCAUUUUGGAGCGAUGGGGAUGAGCCGGCGUGAGGGUCUGAUGUACAAGCCUUUGCGGCACCGUACACUUAAUGAUCUACUAACAGAUUUUCAGGAAGCAUACAGCCGCUGCUGGCAUUCUCUCCGCAAAGUGAAGAUAGGUCGCUACGUGUCCCAUGACCCACACAGCGUGGAACAGAUUGAUUGGAAACAUUCCGUGCUUGAUGUGCAGGAGCUGGGGGUGGAGGGACUGCGCAGAGAGCUGGAACGUCAUAGCAGGGAGAUGCGACUCAGGAUAACAAAGGGACCCCCAUCGCCGCCUAAAGAACGAAAGAGGGAUAUCACCUCCUCUCCACAAAGAGGACAAUCCAGCCCCCACCGCAGGGAACGUUCUGAAAGACGCUCAUCGGGGGAGAAGCCUUCAGACUCCAAUUCUCUCUCUGACCUCAAUAGUUACCAGAUCCGGGUAUGACAGACCUCUGUUAGUCUGGACCCAAGAAAGCAACCCCCUCGCCACUCAUUCUGGAUUAUCUUGUGGAUGAAGACUACCAAGAGUAAAUUAAAGUCCCCCUUCACUUUGGUAUGGAGUAGACAUAAAGCCCUAUUAUUCACCUAUAACUAUACCCAAGGAACACAGGCUCUGUUGACUGAUUUAAUUUCUGGCUGGCUCUUCAAGGAUGUCCACAUUGUACUAGCAGAUACUUACCUUGAAACAUUCCCUAUAUGUCUCUGCAUAAAGGUCUGACGGUGACCAAGUAUCCCAGGAUGGAAACGAGGAAAUUCAGGAAUUUGAGACCAGCUUGUAAUAUCCUAAAUGUUACCCCUUGGGUUGAGGCCAGUUGUGUGUAGUGAAUAGGCAUACCAGACAAUUACUGCUAUGGGGGUGGAGGGGGCCAUGGGUCAAUAAUAACCUAUUGCCCGCUAUUUGCACACACUGUAGAUUGCCUUAUCACCAAGCCACAUGUGCCAGCCAAUCAGAAACCACUAAUCACAGUCCCCUUCCAAUAUGUGAUGUCACUGCGCUCUUCGAAAGGGAGUCCUAGCUCUCUGCCGUUUUAUCCUUAUUUAUCCUACUUUUACACUGAAAUCCUAAUAAAAACAGAAUUAUUCUGUACAGUGUCGGUA